CGACCUCCGUCAGAAAUGGGGAACGUGCAGUCGGAGCCGUCCGCGGGCGGGGGCUCCCGAAAAGAGCAGGCCUCGGACCGCUCCUCAGACUCCCGCCGGAAGCCCUUGGCUGAGCCCGAGGUGACCCCCUCCUCCCCUGCCAGACGCCUGGCUCGCGGGCUGGGCGUCUGGUUUCCUGGCAGCUCAGCGCCCCCGGGACUCCUGGUACCCCCGGAGCCCCAGGCCUCACCCUCGCCCCUGCCCCUGACCUUAGAACUGCCCUCGCCCGUGACGCCCCCUUCAGAGGAGGUGGCUGUGGCUGCAGCUGCAGUUGCGGCCCCCACACCACCCCCGCCCCCCGCGGGGACCCUGCUGCCCGCGCAGUCUAAGUGGAGAAAACCCACGGGCACUCCGGUGCCCCGGAUACGCGGUCUGCUGGAGGCAAGCCAUCGCGGCCAGGGUGACCCUCCGAGCCUCCGCCCGCUGCCGCCACCGGCCCUGCCACGAACCGAAGAGGACCCAGACCUUGUCUCAAGGGCCCCAUCCCCGACUUCGCCACCCUUGGAGCCGCGAAAGCCGCCACCUUUCGAUCGACAGCCCUCGGACAGCAGAAUCAGCCCUCCUCUGGCCACACCCUCCGAACCCCCCACAGAAGGCCAGGUCGGGCGCGGCAGUGAGUGCCGAACUGCCAGCGGCACGUGCGGAGGGGCGCCUCCCCAAGCAGGGGACGGCGAAAUGGCCCAGCCUCUGGCCUCGGAGUCCGGCUUGAAUCUGCUGUGUCAAGUCACCUUCAAGUCGGAGCCUCCUUUGCCCCCGGCAGCAACGUCGAGUUCCUUAGUCGCCAAAGUCUCGCUCGCGGGCGGCGGAGGCAGGGGGCUCUUCGCUGCCGCCUCAGGCACCAUCUCUUAUGCCGAGGUCCUGAAGCAAGGGCCCCUGGCUCCCGGGGCCGCCCGUCCCCCGGGAGAGGUUCCUCAAGGGACCCAGGAAGCGGAGGGUGGUAAUGGAGACGGCGAGGGGUGCUCUGGGCCCCCCUCUGCGCCUGCAUCCUACGCCCGGGCCCUUCCGCCACCACCUUACACCACCUUUCCAGGCUCAAAGCCAAAAUUUGACUGGGUGAGUCCUCCAGAUGGUCCUGAACGCCACUUCCGUUUCAACGGGACCAGUGGAGGCAUCGGGGCCCCGAGACGGCGUGCAGCUGCUCUCUCAGGUCCUUGGGGGUCCACACCGCCUCCACCAGGGGAGAUACACCCAGCUCCGGGGCCCCGGAGGCCCGCACCCUCCCUGCUGGCGCCUCCUAUGUUCAUCUUCCCGGCGCCCACCAAUGGCGAACCUGCGCGCCCCGGGCCUCCUGGCUCACUGGAAUUGCCGCCUCCGCCACCACCCACGCCACCACCCACGCCGCCUCCGGCGCCACCGCCCACACCGCAGCCACCAGUGCUCCAGCCUAUGCUGCUCGCAGCGCUCACACCCACCCCAGGCUCAGGCCACUUGGAGUCCGCCUUGGACCCCACCCCGGCCCAAGCCCCAGUCCCAACCCCAGCUUCUAAGGCAAACCCAUCGAAGCCUGCGCCACCGCCCAUCAAAGCCCGCACUCGCAGAAACAAGGGCCCCCGUGCUGCCCGGUGCGCGACCCGUGAGAAUGGCACCCCUGGAGAGGGUGCUCAUGAACGGACUGCAGCUAUCAUGACUGACAGUGACGGCGGCGGGGCUCCUCCAAUGGGGAUGGCUACAACUGGUGCCCAGCGCCACUGGCCGCCCUUCCAGGUGCUUAACUCUUGUCCCUGCAAGUGUUAUUGCCGCCACCAGCCACGCCAUCGCCGCCUGCCACGAAACGUCUCUGCCUGGCUGAGCACACCCACCAACCACCUGAGUGAGCCGUCCUGGGUUGCCACCAUCAAGUUGGCUGGCUCCCUAGUAGCUGGGCUGGAGCACUUCGACUUGCAGGCUACACAUUCCAACUGA